GGCGUAGUUACUCUGACAGGUGGAUGCAAUUGAUUCAUAAGUAGCAUCCCCUUAAUAAUAAGAGAAAAUGGCAUCCGAAAAGGAGACGUCAAAGAAAGCUAAAACUAAAGAUGAAAAAGAUGUUAAAAUUAUAAAAACACCUGUCGAUCUGCAACGUCUUAAAUUGGAAAAACUAAUGAAAAACCCGGUUUGUAAUUAAUUUUUUUUUUCUUCUGAAAUUCAUGAAUGACAGCUGAACCGAUUUACCAAACUCCGAUAUUAUAUAUUAUAUAGCGUCGGUAAUUAUUAGUAUAUUAGUAAUUAAAAUAUACCCAAAAAACAGCUUUAAUAAAAUAAAAUACACCCAAAAUAGAUUUAAUGACAUAAAAUACACCCAACAAAUCUGUAGUUAAAACAGUUUUAAGUUUAUUUAAAGCACCAUUCUACUCUAAACCAGAACAGACUGUCUAAGUCUAAUCACCGAUAGUUUUCGACAAGCGAAAUCAGGAAGUUCAGAAACUUGCUUGUGCGCCAAAACUGGUUAGGAUAGACAAAUUCUUGCAGAUGUGACGGAGACAAUGCACGACUAGUUCCAAAUUGUCUUCUAAACUGCUGCUUCGCUCUCAUCCACAUUUUUUCAAAAUGUAAAAUUGUUACCAAUUUUUGUUGACUCCCCCUUGUCAGCAACUAUUAAACUUUUUAACCCCCACUCCAUCACCUUAUUUUUUUAUUUUGUUGACAUAAUAAAUUAUUAAUGGACAAUCCAUAAGAGGAGUUAGGCCAAGAGAGUGUUACACACUUUUAGGCUUUUCCCUGGCCAAAAUUAGCUAUAAUUUAACUACAGUGGAACCCCGUUAUAACGCGCCCCGCCAUAACGCGAAUUCGGAUAUAACGCGGUCAUAGCAUGGCUCCCGAAAUUUGAAAUUCAUUUACUCCAUCAGGCCUAAGUUCUUUGAAAAUUUUAUCAAUUGCUUGGAAAGCCAUUUUUUAAAGUGAAAAAAAUCACAACUUUUCUAAAUAUCGUAGAAAAUGAGCCCCUAAAGGCACCAUGUUCAAACUAGUAUCAAAAUUAAUGCCGAAAACAAGGCUUUCUACCGCGCAUUAACGCAACCCCGCUUUUAACACGAUCCGAUUUUAUGGACCCCCGAUCAUCACGUUAUAGCGGGGUUCCACUAUAUAAGCGAACGGGUUUGAUGAAUGAAUAUAUAUACAGCAUAUUUUUGUUAUCAGAUGCCGUGGAAUAGAAGCUAGAGUGCCACUGACAUUGUCAUCUAUUUCAUCUGUAACCAUAGAGAUACUGCAUAUAGAUAAAAAUGAAAUAAAUUAAAUUUUGAAAGUAUUAUUAACCAUUAUUAAUAUCCUGGCAUUUAAACUAAUUUUUUUUUUUUAAAACAAGGAAUUCUUAUCUUUAAGUAAUUUUUUUUUUAUCCUACUAAUAUUUUAAAAUUCUUAUUAAAAUCUUCGUUUCUUUUAUUUUCAGACCAAGGAAGUAAUUAUUCCAGAAAAGUCAAAAGAAAAAUCACCAAGAGCACCUUUAGAGUUCAUUAGAAAUAUUUGGGGUAAUCUAGUUUUUUUUUAAAAACGAAAAGCAUUGCAACUCAAGCCAGGUUGCCAACUAACCAUCAGUAAAUUUACGGACAGUCUUAUUUAAAAUAUUUUUCAGAAAAUUUUCAGUAAAUUUUAUUUUAAUGACUUGGUAACCCUGAACUGGGAGGACUUUUUCAUAAAUAAUGUCUGGCAUCUAAUGAUGGGUAGGGGGCAGUGGGUGGCAUCAAAUGACAAUGUGAGUUGAGGGUGUCUAAUUUUUAUGUGCCAAAUUUGCAUGAUGUAAUUUAUGGAUGGUUAAAAAUUAUGGACUGAGAGUCUUCUAAACAGCCUCAGUUAUUUGCAAUAACUACUCAGAUCUGGAAUAUACUUUUUAACUUAUUGUAGAACUGAAAAGCAGAAAUGAAUCCAUCCCAACUCUCUUUAAAUUAACAUUAUUUCUUAUGCUCUUAAAGGUUCUAGUGCAGGAGCUGGCAGUGGGGAUUUUCAUGUCUAUAGAGGUGUGCGUAGAAGAGAGUAUGCCAGACAGAAGUUCAUUAAGGAAAUGGGAGAAAAGGUUUGAGUUCUAAUGUGCUAAAACAAUAUUUAAAAAAAAUGAUUUAAAUUUUAAAUAUAUUAGCAUAUUUGGGUUUAGAAUAUUCAUAUAGUAUGAAAAUUCAAAAAACAUUUUUAUAACUCCAGAUUCUUGUGAUUAUAAAGCAGCUUGUUUAGUUCAAGGAGGCGUAAAUAAAAUUCUUUUUAUUUUCAGGAUGAAUUGGAUGUGGAGUAUAAAAAGCGCCUUGAGCAGCACAAAUUAGAGGCUGAAGAAAGAACAGCAAAAAAAAGAGCUAAGAGGUAUCCCCACUUAAAUUUAUUUGGUACCCGGUAUUGAACUGUUGCAAAAUAAAGUUACAGUUAGCUUAAUUAUAUCGCUAUGGUGUGAGGUAAUAUAACUACUGAGUCUGCAAGACAUAGACUAUUUUUUUCCUUCAUUUUUUUAAAAUGCAGUGUUGCAUCAAUAGGUUUUGCACUAUAUGAAUUUUAAAACUUGCAUGCAUACAUGUUAUUUGAGGCCCCAAACUGUGUGCAAAAUCCUCCUAAUUUUACAAAAACCCUUUCUUCAACUGCAUUCUGUUGAUGUUUACCUUUUGAUGAAAUUACAAUUUUUGCUUCUUGACAUUUGUAAAAAAUUAAUAAAUAUAGCAAUUCACUGCUUUUGAUGUCUAUGGCCUUCAUGUUUAAUCAAUAAUUUUUCCAGGUUAAAGAAGAAACAGAAACUAAAAGCAAAGAAAUUUAAGAAAAAUAAUACUGGUGAGUGUUGUCUUACAUAAUUUGUACUAACAAUUUAUGUUAGCAAUGAUUAAACUUCACAAUUUUUUUCAAAUGUCCUAAAUUAAAAUUUAGUUUCCAACAUAAUGUUAUUUCUACCAUCUGUUUCAUUCUAUGACAGGUGAACAUAAAGGUGGGUCAGAUAGUGAUGAUGACAGUGCAGAUGACAGCAGUGAAGACAACAGUCAGGGUGAAGCUAAUAGCCCAUCAGCAGCCAGUAAUGAUGAGAGCACUGACAAGCCAAAGUGAUCAGGACUUCCAAAUACUCAAAAGUAGUAACCAUCUCUGAUAACAUUGUGAUUGUGGCAACAAAAUUCUAAACUCUUUCUCACCACCUGCCAGUCUUUGUUGUUAGAUGAUGUGUUAACAAUAUGGAAGUAACUCUGUUUUUCAGAUUACAAAUAAUUUUUAUAUUUAGAGUAUUGAUAAAUUAUAAAAAACACAGGGACAAUUUAAUACAUACAGUAAUAGAUGCAUUUUAAGAAGCAAAAAAUUGUUUAAAAGGAUGACCAAAAACAAAUUUUUGCUGUGCAUGUUGUACCAAAAAGUGAUGAAUAUAAAGUAAAAUGUGCAGAUGUGUGAAAAGUUUUAAAAAGUGAAACAGGAUCAAAACUCCAGUAUUUCUGAAUGACAUCAAGUAGAAUUUCACCACUAUCUGGAAGUCAGAGAGGUGCGUCAGGACUGCCUGUCGCACACACAGUUGAGCUUGCAAGAUGUAAUUUGUCACCAGUGAAUUAUGGCCUGAAUUUUCCAUAGUAAUAUUCUAAUGUGUUAGAGCAAUCUGACCUUCUGGUUCACAUUUUUAUGUAAUUGCCGUAAGUGCACAUUUAGUGUAAAUACAGUGUUGGGACCAACUGACCAGUGGCGUAGCGAGGAUGUUUGGCGCCCGGGGACAAGAUUCGCGCCCGGGGACAAGAUCCAUUUUUAGCGCCCCUUUUUCUUUUUUUUCAACUCUCAAACCCAUUAUUUUCAUCAAUAAAAUAAUAUCAAAGCACAUUUUGGCGCCCCUAACUAGCUGGCGCCCGGGGACAUCUGUCCCCCCCUGCCCCCACCACGCUACGCCUCUGCAACUGACCAUACUGUUUUUCAUUUUCCCAAAAUUAGUCACAUCAAAUUUUAAAACCAGCAGUUUUUACAAGGUAUUUGGCAAGUGGAAAUUAAUUUCAGAUUCCCUGGGAACCAAAGAUGAUCACAGCAUUUCUCUGUUCUCUCCUAAACUAACUAAAUUAAAAGCCUCAGUUUUCAGAGGUCGGAUUGGGAAACUAUGCUCUCAAAAUAAAGUCAUGAACUUUUUUGGGCUAUAUCCAACAAACACCUGUGGUUAAGUUCCGUAUGGCUCUUAUUCAUUAAUCAGAUGUUAGUACUUAUGAAGUUAUGUCGUGUGAAAUGUAUUUGCAAUGCAAUUUUGUGUUGGGCAAACACAUUUUGUACAGUUGUCUUGUGUAAGUGUAAACCUCACUCAUUAGUGUAAAUAUAAUGUAGUGUAAAUAAAUGAUUACGCCUGUAAAUCAACUUU